AUGGAGGAUGGAUGGGCUCCAACCUGUCCGAUUACAGGAGUGGUUUUGAAGACCUUGGAAUUGAAGGCGAAUCUUGGGUUGGGGGGAGCAAUCGAGGAGUGGAUCAGUAGGAACGUUGAGAUUCGGGUUAAAGGUGUUGUGGAGAAUAUCAUUAGGGAGCCUAUUGUCGUGGAUUCCAUCGAACGUGCAUUGGACAAUGUUUACUGGAUAUCUGAAGUACAUUCCUCCCAUCAGUAUAAAGUAAGGAAUGCUGGUCUUGUAGUGCUUAUGGUUAAGUUGCUUAGGAAUUCGUCCAAGGAUAUGGGCACACGUUUGAGGGGCAAAGUUCUUAUGGCUUUGUUUAGCAUGGCCAAGGAUGAAGAAAGCAAGAACAUAAUGCUCGAAGGUGUCAGUAGACUGGCUAUACAUAGUCUUAUUGGUACCUCAGAGAAAGAGCGAGAAUAUGUUGUGAAGCUAUUGCUGGAGUUCACUAAUGAUGAAGAUUAUUGUAUCAAAAUCACAUCAGAGGAAGGGGCACUAGUUCUUCUUUCCAGUUCGGAUGACGUUAAGACAGAGAUGGAAUCUAUUCCCGGAAGGAUAACUUUAACCAAUAGCAGCAAAGAAGAACUUGCCAGGAGAAGUGCAAAGAUACUUGUUGUGUUGUUCUCUAACCCUGAAGCUCAAAGGGCAAGCUUGAAAGCCUUGUGUAACCUAUCAACUUUAGAUGACAAUGCAACUAUCCUUGUUGAUGCUGAUGCACUUCCCGUGCUCACUGAUAUACUUUUGAAGAAUGAGAUAGUUUCAUCAGAACACACAGACUUGGCUAAAUCAGCAAUUGCAAACAUAGUAUCAAAUCCAGGGCACUGGGAGUUGGCAGCUGUGGACCAAAGAGGCCACACAAUGCAGUCUGCUUCAAUAGUUUCAAGUCUCUUAAAGCUUCUCUCAGUUGUCUCUUCUCAAGCUCAAGCUUCUAUACUCCAAAUUCUUUAUGGAAUAGCAUCAUCUCCGAGGGCUGCAAGUAAUAUUCUGCACUCAGCAGCCUGA